CGCUGGCUUGCGGUCUCUCGCGUAAAUUUGCGAUUUAGGAAGAAAAACUUUUUUUUAUUUCCAGUUUUAGUUGGGAUUUAGAUUUCAUGCGAAACUUAACGUGUACGUGGGCACUAAAAUUGACGAUUUAUAUUUGCUGGAAACAAAUUUAUUUGUCGGAUUUUUCGGUGUACUUGUAAAACGUUAAUUUAUUGUAUCUGCAGUUUUCGAACAUCCAAUUGAAUUUUUCGUUCAACAUAUACUACAAUUUAAAAGCGACAGUUUUUUCGUAUAAUAUUUAUCGACAUAAACGCUUCAUUCCGACUAUAGUGUUCAUUGCCUACAAAUUCGUUUGUUAUUUAAAAUACAAGAAAAAAAAGAACUUUUUACGGACAAUUGGCUUCAAUUUUCGGAUUUUUAGAACAUCACAUAUCGUCCGCAUGUAUGUGCAAUAUAAACACAUGUGUGGCAUAUAGAAAUAUUUUGGAUUAAUACAUGAAAUAGUGCGAAAAAAAUUUCAUGUUUUUCAACAACGCAUAACAGUUUUUAAAGUGGUUUCGAAUUAAAGCUAAAGCAGCAGCAACAACAUCAAAAGAGGAAAUAUUUGUGGCAUGCGUGGCUAUUUCAAGUGGUAAAAGUUGCAAAUUAGACCAAUAUAUAUAUAUAUUGUAGUUAAUAAAGAAUAUGCAAGUGUAUGAGUGAGUUGAAAUAAGCAUAUUCUUAAGAAAAUCAAGCCAAAGUGAAGAAGAAUAUAUACCUAUUAAAGUUUUAAGAAGAAGUGAAGAAGUGAAUGUGAAACUUGUCUCAAAUCGAAAUAUCAUCAAAAAGUUACGAAACGAACAACAGAAACGUCAACGUUGCCUUAGCAAGAGAAAAUUUUCUCUCUUCUUUUUACCUAAAUACUAAAAAAGAGACGGCAAAAGUGGAAAUAAAAAGCAAUACAAGAAGUUUAAAGCCAGCAAGACAAGCAGAGGGAAAUAAAAUAAGUCUGUUGCAGUUUAAUGACAAUUUCCAUUUCAACAUCAUAAUCAUCUGAAUAUUUAUGUCUCAUUUUUUUCUGGUUCAGUUUAUGAGCUACAAGAGAACGAUAAAGUUCAUCGUUGUGUAUAACUCACGUGUCUUGCAUUAAAAAAUUUAUGCUCCCUAUUUAUACUUAAUUGUGAAAUAAAAUUGCAAAGUUUAGCUAUGCUUUUUUUUUGCAAAAACGUGUACUGUGCAAAGGUGUGAUUGUCACUAAUUUUGAAUGGUGGAGUUUUUUUAUGUGCUCAAGAAAAUAGUGAGAAAAUGUGCCAACUGAUGAAUAAACUAAAUUGUCUUUUCAAUUCAAAUAAUUAGUAAAAAUUCUAAGAACUUGAAGAAAAACAAAUAAAAUUAUCUAUGUGUGUUGAGACAAUUAGCAAAAAUUUAGAUUUCAAAAAAGAAUAAUCACUUGUGUCUCAAGAGUCACCAUUCUCAUCAUUCCUACCAAAAAUGUUGUAUAAAGUCAAUAUCAAGUUUUUUAAUAUUUUUCUACUAAUUGUUGGAUUCCAAACGAUCUCAUGGAAUGAUUUUGUCCAUGCCAAUGAGGUAACGACAGUUCCAACACCUGCUUCCGAGAUUACAACAUUAUCAUUACAAUCAAAUACAAAUGUGCCUCCAAACAUUUCUCAUCCCACCUCAACAUCGUUAUCAUUAUCUACAGAAAGUGAUGUGACUACAAAUAUACCAAAUGAACAUCAGGAGAAGCAACAUCAGCAUGAUGAUUCAUUAAAAGUUUUACCUUUAGAUGUGAUGAUAAAGAAUAAAACAAAUUUAUCGCAUGAUGAAGAUGAUUCGACCGUGACCUCAUCAACCCAAUUAUCAAUGACCGUAAAUUUAUAUGACGAUAUGAAGAAAACAGUUGAAAAACCAGAAUUUAUUGAAAACAGUAGUGAUAGAAGUAAUAAUGAGCAUACGAUGAUGGUACAAUUUGUCAAUAAUGAUAGUGAUAAUCAGGCAAAUCAACCUCAAAUGAUACCAGUAAUCAAUGAUGAAACGGAUGAUAAGAAAAAUCAUUCAUCUGAUGUUGUUAUGGAAAAAGAAGGUCGUUCCAUUAAUUUUCCACUCGAAAUCUUGGGUAAUAAUCAAAACAGCACGGAGUCCAGUCACAUGCAGAUCAAUUUUGUAACAACCAGUACUGAUAAAUCGCCUAUAAUUUCAUUCUUUGAUUUGAGUGAUGUAAGCAUGGAUCAUGACGAUGAUUAUGAUGAUGAAAAUUCUGAAAAAAAGAAAAGUGAAUAUUUAAAUUUGAAAAAGGACAAAAAACAAGUUGUAUCUAAAGAUAAAAUCGAUGUUGAUAAGAAAAUCGAAUGUUCGUAUAAUGGAACUUUUUAUAAGGUCGGAGAGCAAUUGAAUAAAGAAUGUGAAGAGAGCUGCAUAUGUCAAAAAGGUGGUAAAUGGAGCUGCGAGCCGAGAUGCCAGGGUGCUAUGAUAAAUAGGAAGGAUGAAAAACUUAAAAACUUAGAUUCACAUUGCUUUGAGCGAUUAUCAAGUGAUGAAUGUUGUUCCAUUGUGAGAUGUGAUUCGAGCAGCGAUGACGCAAUUGUUUUUGAAGGUGAAGUGAAUCAAGCGCGUUCAUCGAAUACAAACACAACGAAUGACGUAUUAAUGUCAGAAAAGUUAGUGGAAAAACCCCUGUUUCUACCAACGAUGCCACCUACAUCAUCCGAUUCUCUAGAACAUGAAAAUCAAUCGUCAAAAGUUGUUGUGUGCACAUAUAAAGAUAAAAUGUAUGCAGUUGAUGAACGCAUCGAAAUUGGAUGCGAUGAGAUUUGUUCAUGUCAUAAAAAUGGUGAAAUGAUUUGUGUGCCGCGAUGUGCCAAAAUGAAUAUGACAUAUUCAGAUCAUUGCGUGACUGUCAAAGAUACAAAGGAUGCGUGUUGCGAAGUACAACUAUGUGACGUUUCAUUUGAUGAUCAUGAGCAAAAUGGAUUUAUUCCAAUGACAGGGCAGUCAAGAGAAGACGGUACAGAUCUCGAAACUAUUGAAUGUGAAUACAAAGGGAAAAAAUAUAGUUUGAAUGAUCAAUUUCAUGACGAAUGUGACUCAUUAUGCUUUUGUGAUACUACAGGUGUUCAAUGUUCUAAAAUUCAGUGUCCAUCAACAUUCGGAUUAGAUGUUGUCGAUCCACAUUGCCUUAAAUGGGAACCUGAACCAGCUACUUUUCGUGCAAUUGCACCAAAAUGUUGUCCUGAAAGAAUGCGAUGCAUUGAUAAUGGUACAUGCGAAUAUAAAAGUCAAAUGUUUGAUAAUUGGUCUGAAAUCCCCUCAAAUAUUUCCGGGUGCGAGCAACAUUGUUUUUGUGAAGGUGGCAAAGUAGAGUGUCGACCAGUUUGUCCACCAGUUACUGCUCUACCACCAGCAUCACUUCGUUGUAAUGAAAAAUAUGCAAAACUUGUUUCAAUUGAUGAUGAAGAUGACUGUUGUAAGCAAUGGGUCUGCAGUGAAAAUAGUGAAGCUGACAAAUCUAUGACUUCAUCAGAUCCCGCAAUGGCCAUUAACAAUAAAGACAGUAAUAAUAGUAAUAAUAAAAAACCUCAUGACUCCGAUAAAUUUAUACCAACGAAAAUGCCACCAUCGGACCAUGAAAAUGAUACAAGCGACAUUAAUUCUGAAGAAGAUGAUCAUAAAGUUGAGGUGCCAUUUUAUCCUACUAUUGAUGGAAAACCACCAAAAACACAGCAAGAAAAGCUUUACAAAAAAUAUCAUAACAAAGAUACAAAAAAUAAAGAUCAAAGCACAUUCAUUUCUAAUCCAAAUUACGAAAACAAGCAUUAUAAUAUUUAUGAAAAUCAUGAUCAUAAUGAAGAAUUAAGGCCACAUCAGCCAGGACCAGGAUUUUUCAAUCCUGAUACGAGUAAAAAUCAAUAUCCUGAACUAUCAGGACAUGAACAUUCCCAAAUACCUGUCGACAAACAGUUGUUUAAUAUUUUGGGACAAAAUCCACAGAAUCUUCCUCCACAUAUUAGAAUCGAUCAAUUAUUACAGCACAUUCAAGGUCAAGAUCAUCAGAAUCAAGGUCCAUUAAUACACGGGCAAAAUAUUAAUAUACCAUUUCAACCAAUUAUUCCAAAUGGAAUUAAUUAUAAUCAAUUUAACGAAAACGGAGAUCAUAUACAUAGACCAGGCAUUGGUUUCAAUCACAUUCAACCUAAUUUAGAAGUUCUUGCGAUUGACGCAAUUGAUUCACGUAGAGUGCGUGUCAUCUUUGUUGUACCACAAAUUUAUGUUGGCCUACAUGGACGUGUCGAAUUGAGAUUUACAAAUCAACCAAAUAAUAAUGAUACGAAGAGAUGGCAAUCACAGAUUUUUGCCCCUCCAGAUGAUUUGAUUGCAACAUCACAAUUGGAAUUUGAAUUAAGUUCUCUCGAACCGAAUUCAGAGUAUCGUGUGAAAAUAACCUUAAUAUUACGCGAUUUGCCUGCACAACCAUCUAGUCAAGUUUAUACUGUUCAAACACCUGCCGAGCGUACCAUAACACCGCCAUCAAUUGAUAAUUAUCAGCCAACACAAAUGAUUGACAUAUUAGAUAGUCUUGAGGAUCCAGAACUACAAGCAAGUGAAAUUAAUUCGACAUUCAUUAAAUUUGUAUGGAACAAAAUACCCGAUGAUGUUAUGCAAUACGUAGAUGGCAUUCAGUUACGUUACAAGGAGCUUAGUGGUAAAGUUUAUGAUGCUACACCGCUGAUUCAUCGUGCUUUAACAUCAUACACAUUAGAUAAUUUGAAACCCGAGAUGACAUAUGAAAUCGGUCUAUUCUAUAUACCAUUUCAUGGUCAUGGUGCUGAAUUGAGAGUAGGCGAAAGACUUGAGGUGACCACAAGUCAGAAAAUUAACACAUACGGAUUCGAAGUUAUUGUGAAUGUCACAAAGAUAAAACCAACAACUGUUGAGGUCGUUUGGAAUGGUGUGCCGUAUCCUGAAGAUAAAUACAUCAAUAUUUUCCGUGCAAUAUAUCAGAGUGAUUCAGGAAAAGAAGACUCUAGUGUAUUUAAAGUUGCUAAACGUGAUUCAACAACAGGAACUAUCAUUAAAGAUCUUAAACCCGGAACGAGAUAUCGCUUGUGGCUCGAGAUGUACUUAACAAAUGGUGGUAUCAAGAAAAGCAAUGUUGUGAAUUUCUUAACCAAACCUGGCCCACCACCCUCAACUGAUAAAUUGCUAACCGCGGGUAGUACAUCACAGGGCGAUUAUUAUGGCCCACUUGUGGUCGUUGGGGUUAUUGCUGCUUUAGCUGUCAUGUCAACAAUCAUUCUAUUAUUGAUACUUACGAGGAGGCGCAUCCAAAGUGCGACCAUAACGCCACCAAGAAAAAAUGACGUAAGCUAUGACAACCCAAGUUACAAAGUUGAAAUACAGCAAGAGACUAUGAACCUUUGAGACAGCCAAUGAAUUACCAUUAUCUUUCAAAUGAAAUUGGAAAAUAAAUUUUGUGUAAAAACAUAAUUUAUUGAGCAAAAAUAGACUUGAGUAAAAUAUAUAUAUAUAAAUAUAAAAAAGGGAGAACGGAGAACGAGAAAUAUCACAUAAACGUAAAAAUUCAUCACAGAUUUGUUUUUAAGUGCUGCUGUAAAUAAUAAACAUAAAAAAUAAUUAUUACUUAAUAAAUAGAAUGUAAGGAUCUGUAAAUAUAAAAAGCAGGCAUCGUAAAAUUAGAUUCCAGUGAACACUCACAUCACAAAAUACACACUCAUGUAUACACACAGAUAGGAAAAUGAAUGGAUGAAAAAUUUAAUGGAUGUCAUUUAACCGCCCUCGCAUAAAAUAUCGCAAAAGAAAAUUAUUAAGAAUGAACAUUGAAUUGAAGAAAAUUUAAUUUGUAAUUUUAUGUGCAUUAUGGACAGUACAUACAUACUUUUUUCCAACAUUUUAUGAUAGAAUUUUCGAUGAAAUUUAUAUUUUUUAUGGACCAUUUCUUUAAUAAAAUGUAAUUUAUCAAAAAAUUGUAAUGCGAACUAAAAUAAUUAACCAAUAAAACUUUUA